GAUAGACUUCUUUUCUUCCCCUAUUCAUUCCGUCAUGUCCCCUUCAAAAAACACUGUUAGUUCUACUCCAAGAGAUGCUACCAUCAUGCUUUGGACUCAUCCACGCUCUCGUUCCACGGCUUUCGAGAGAGUUUUCAUUCAUAGAGAGGACAUAGAAUGCUUUCAUGAACCAUACGGUGACUCCUACUACUUUGGCCAGGGAAGAGUGUCUAAGCGGUUCAAUGAAGAUCACUGCAACAGCCAUGAAUGCAAUAAUGCCACAUAUGAAAGCGUUACAAAGGAUCUGAUCAAUGGCACCAAGGGCAAGAGGGUUUUUGCAAAGGAUAUGGCAUACUAUUUGUACAGUAGCAGCAACCGCAAGCUGCAGGUUCCCAUGGAAACCCUCAACAAGAUGCAGCAUACAUUCCUAAUUAGAACGCCUGAAAAGAGCAUACCUUCCUACUACCGAUUAUGCAAAGGUGAUACCACCACCUUCGAUCAUUUUGAUCCCAGUGAAGCUGGCUAUGCUGAGCUUCGAGAAUUAUUCGACAUGAUUCGGGAGUACACCGGUGAAACGCCGAUUGUUCUGGAUGCAGAGGAGCUGGUGACGCACCCAAAGGAUUUGAUGAAGCGCUACUGUGAGGCUAUAGACUUGGAUUUCACUCCAAACAUGCUUGAAUGGCAACCAUCAACUGUCAAGCAAUUUGACAAGUGGACCGGAUGGCACGAAGAGGUACAAAACAGUACAGGAUUUGGGCAAUAUGUCAAUGCGAACAAAGAAGAGAAUGAAGAGAUGCCUGCUAUUGUCGAAAACACCAUCAAGGCCAACAUGGAAGACUUUGAAUAUCUUCGUCAGUUCUGUAUAAAGCUAUAGCUGGGCUAUUGAAUUUUCUGCUUUU